GGGCGGAGAAAAUCCCUCCCGUUCAUUUCCUUAAAUUCGAUUCGAUUAAGGAUCCGAAGAAGCCCCCCCGAGAUUAAGGUGUUUUCCCCCCCUCGUUAACAACAAGACAUUUCAUUUUUUCUUGGGUGUGUUUUUUCUAGGAUCCUCCUAUAAAAGAGGGAUUCUCAGUGCUUUGACUCCCCUCACUCUUUUCUAUAAUCCCCCCACUGCAAAAAUCUCCUCCAUCUCUCCUCUCCUCCUUGUCUCUGUACUGUUCCAUUUUCCGUCCAAAGGCGCUUCCUUUCUCUCUCUCUCUCUCUCUCUGUCGAUCCCGCCCGGUGGCGCUGACGAUCCCUCUCCCUGUUCCGCCGCGGCAAGAUCGUUUCUUUUUUUCUUCUCGAGGGGAGGGUGUUCUUCUUGGUUCUUGGCGCCUCCUUGAUUCCUCCCCUUUUCUUCGGUUACCACCAUCCCCAUUAAAGACCGUCUCCGUUAAAGGAGGAGAAGAAACGUAAAAGGGUCGUCUUCUCCACCUUUAAUGCUUCUCCCUCUCGACUGUUGCUGAAUCCGGACCCGCCCGUUUUCGUUCUUCACUACCCUCUCUCUCUCUCUCUCUCUCUCUAGAAACAUCUCACUCAUGGACCGGCCGUUACUGUGUCCGUGCCUGUGCCCGCCAUCUUCCUUUUAUUGUUCUUGUUCUGCUUCGAUCAACUACUCCGAGCACCGCACCGUCAGCAACAAGCUCGUCAGAGAGUCGUCGGCGUUCUCGUCGUCGUCGUCGCCGUCCAUGUCUAGGAUCGUGAGGGUCUCGUUCACCGACGAGGACGCCACCGACUCGUCGAGCGACGAGGAAGGACGUGGGCCGGCCUCGCGCUUCCGGGUCAAGAAGUACGUGAACGAGAUCCGAAUCGAGGACGAAUCUGUUCCGCGGGCCGGGAACAGGGCAGCCACCGGCGAGAGGAGAUUCAGCAACGGCAAGGCGAGGCCUAAAGUGAAGCAGCAGCAGCAGCAGGCGGUGCCGGAGGGCGGGAGGAGGUACAGAGGGGUGAGGCAGAGGCCGUGGGGGAGGUGGGCGGCCGAGAUCAGGGACCCCGUGAAGCGGACGAGGGUCUGGCUCGGCACGUACGACACGGCGGAGGAAGCUGCCCGCGCCUACGAUCGAGAAGCCAUACGGCUCAAGGGCCCAGAUGCUCAAACCAACUUUGCGAGGCCAAUGAUCAACGUCGUGACGGCGGUGCCCGACUCGGCGAAGGGCGGUGGUGAAGUUGGCCGGAACCGGAGCCUUUCCUCUCCGACGUCGGUGUUGAGGUUUCAGACGACCUAUGAAGCCGAGCCCGAGUCCAAGGCGGGCGGCGGCCGGGGCGGCUGGCCACUGGCUCAGCAGGUUCCGGAGGAGGAGGGGCUGUCUGUUGGAUCCGGUUUUCUUGAGGGGCUUCUUCGACCCGGAAAGUCCCGGCCCGGUUUUCUUGGAAGAGAUUACCGGGGCCGACUCGUUCCUGAAAGACGAUGUCGAUCAGGCGUGCUUCGAGUUCUUGGAAGAAGAUCUCGGGUCGUGUAAAUGGGACGUGGAUAAUUACUUUCAAGAUCCUUUGGCGCUUCACUGAUGUCUGAAAUGUCCAAUUCCGGAAGUGGGAUUUCAUUGAUUCCUUCGUUGUGACCGGUGGAUGAAAGAAAGCAGCCGUGAAGAAGAAACCGAAUUCGAUUCGGGCUUCAACGCGAGGCCGCCCUCCUACUGUACAAACAUUAAUCCUACAUGUUCAUAGAUUAAGUUGCAGAGGUCCCUUUUCAAGCGUUUUGGUCCUUUACCCUGAUGCAGACGUAAGGACGCUCGAGUCCUAGUGCAGUUUUGUGUACACAUUCGUGACCCGACUCAUUUCGUGUUCCGUCCUAUGCAAGUGUGUAAAUUGUGCAUGAAUUCUCUAAUCUUCAAGAAAUGCAAAUUGUGUGUAGUUUCCUUUUC